CCCCCCGCCUCGCCCAACAGCUCUGAUGCUGGCAGCCCACAGAGGCCGGCAGAAGACGGUGAGUCGCUGCGAGAGGAGCUUAGAGUGAACGAAUUGUGUCGUUUUUCGGAUUGGAAGUGAAAGGAAUCAUGUGGCCGGGGCAGGAAUUGUGAAGGGGGGAGAGAGACGGUCAGCUGCAGAUGGGACUAGCCCGGCUCGUUCUACUGCCUCUCACACUUUUGGACUCGACGGACAUUUCCUGUCGCGAUGUGGGGACUAUUGAACAUGCAAAGAUCUGCUGUAGGCAGUCCUUAAACAGCGAUUUAGCAGCAUCCCUAAAGGUUCGGCGUGGGCUUCCGUGUUUACGUACGUGCGCGUGAGAGAGCCAGCGUGUGCGUUCGUGUGCGUGCGUGCCACUAUGAGUCUAGUGUCAGGCUUUCCUCACCAUCCGGUCAUGCACCACCACGACAGCCACCACUACUCCCUGCACGCCGCCGCAGCCGCUCGGUGUCACGAGGACACGGGAGCGCCUCCUUACUUCACCAGCUGGCUUAUUAGUCACGCGGAUAUGUCGCCCACCGAGUACGGCCUCGCGCCGGGCUACAGCCCCGAUUACCAUGGCAACAGUGGCACCGGGACCGUAGGCGGCCUGGAUCCUCACCACCGCCAUCACCACUACGGACACGGCGCGUUAGUCGCCGGCACCGGCGCGAUCUCGGUGAACGGAGCCCAGGUGGGCAUGCAUCACCACCACGCACAUCCCCGGACAGUCAAGCGGAGACCCACGGCAAACCGCAAAGAGAGGCGGCGGACGCAAAGUAUCAACUCGGCCUUCGCGGAACUGAGGGAGUGCAUCCCCAACGUCCCCGCGGACACGAAGCUGUCCAAGAUCAAGACGCUCCGGCUGGCCACCAGCUACAUCUCCUACCUGAUGGACAUCCUGGACAAGGACGGCCAGCACGGAGACACUCAGGCCUUCAAGGCCGAGCUGAAGAAGACAGAGGCGCGGGAGGAGCGAAGGAAGAGGGACACGGUGGAUAUCCCCAAGACAGCUUUAUCGUCAUCAUGCUCAUCGUCGUCCCCAUCCUCAUUGGGCGACAAGAAGACCAAAGGGCGGACAGGAUGGCCCCAACACGUCUGGGCUCUGGAACUCAAACAGUAGCCUCCAUCCUGCAGGUCGAUUGCACUCCGUUCGAACGUGACGUACUUAGAUGAACUAUCAAGUCGUCGCCUCGAGCCACACAAGGAAAGUGAAAAAAAAAAAAAAAAAGAGAAGAAAAAAAAAAGAAAAAGAACAUUAUUCCGUUUUCUGCUGUUUGCCGUCUGUACAUUUUUUUGAACUGCAAAAAUCCGGACUCCUUUAAUUGUGACCUCAAUUAACAAUGAAAUUAAACACUGCAAUCGUGAACGAAAAGGUCAUUGAGAGAUUUAAAAGCUCUUAUACCGACCGCGGGCGUAAUGAGUAUGUGCACUAUAUCAUUUACACACGUCACUUACAAUAUAUUGUAAGCGCGUCAUCUUGAGGAUGUUCAACUAAAUAAAACACUGGGUCGUGUUUUCUCUUCCGAUCCAUUUUCUCAGUUGAAAUAAAUCGCAUGUCUGCCCAUUAAAAAAAAAAAAUAAAUAAAUAAAAAAAACUCUUUCAAGUUUUAAGAAAUAAAAGUGAACACAAGUAACUGAAGAUGUAGUCAGAACCAUUCGCCCUCUGGUCCACACGCAUUCUGUACAAAUGGGAGGUCAAGUUUGCUCUCAUCUUUAUUUAACUCGAUAUAUUUAUGUGCAAUGUAGCCGUUUGGACAAGCCAAACUGCCACUCCACUGAAUGCCAAAAGCCAUUUGCUUAAUAUUUCUCAUUACACAACAAGGUGUUUGUGAAGUUGUAAAGUCUACCUGCAAUGAAUUUUGUCUUUCCGGUUCUCUCUGGGCUGGGACGUAUAUACAUGUUGUGACGUAACUGUGAUGACAAAGUGUCCAUGUUGUGAAGUGCAAAACGUGGUGGGUGUGUAAAUAAUGUUAAAUGUAAUCUAUCUUAUGAAUUUAAUAAACUGCCACCUGUUUACAUGGUAAGUGAUACAA